AUGGCCACUGACGAGACAAAAGUGGGGAAAGGCACUGGAAGAACAGACGGUGGAGGAAAGUGGUGGUGUGAUGGUGAACGAGCUGCACGGGUGCAACGUCGCGACUUUUUCGUGGUUGGGGAUCUGUUGAGAUCGAAAGGGAAUUGGGCCGUUGGGUUAGAUUGGAUGGAUGGUCGGAUGGAUGGAUGGUCGGACGGGAUGCAAAUUCGACACGUCUGGGUCUUCUUGCUCUUGGUUGUUGGUGCUGGAGCUUGGAACGGUCAGUGA